UGAUAGGUAAUUGUUUUGAUGGUGGACGUCAGAUUUCAUGGGAAAACGUUGUUUAUUUUCUAAGCUUUCUCGGUCAUGUAUCUGAAGGCAACGUCAACAAUAUGUGUUAUUUGUCAGUAGGGGAUGUUUUGUAGAGUUAUAGCCAGCUAACUCUAGCUAAUACAUCUCACGGCAGGUAACGUUAGCUAGCUAAUGUUAACUGUCAGUCUAGCUAGCUGGGUGAGUAGUUAGCCUAGCAUCGUUAGCUUGUUUCCAGCGACGCAGUCUAACAAAGCAGUCUUUAUCCAAAACGGCUUGCGAAUAUGUACGUUACUUUGUAGCUACCUACCUAGCACAGCUGUGGUCCUUCUCUACAGCGUAUUUGUAUACAGAUAGCUAGCUAACGUUAGAUACCAUGGUUUAUUGCCUAGCAUUGCUAGCUAGCCAGCAAAAUGGGUUAGGUUGUGGUGUUGACCAAACGAAGUUCUUAGUUAUUGAACGUGAUUUCUAAACUGCCAAUCAUAACCAGACACCCCAGUUGAACCAGAAGUGUCUAGCUACCAUAUGGUUUAUCCAGCUAACAUUAUCUAGUUAGCAUUACUGCAAUCCAAUCAGGGAUCUCCCAAUAACGUCAUGCCAUGGUGCUAAGAAGGUUACUGAGAAAACGUUGGGUGCUAGGUGUGGUGUUUGGACUGUCUUUGAUCUACUUCCUAACCAGCACCCUGAAACAGGAGGAGAGAACCAUACGGGAUCGCAACCUGUUGGAGGCCAGGGACCCGGAUCACCGGAUCCCAUGGAAAGUCAGGUUCAGCCUGGGCAACAGUAGCAGGCAGAUCACUCAGUGCCGGAACUCCAUUCAGGGCAAAACGCUGCUCACAGAUGAACUGGGUUAUGUGUGUGACAGAAAUGAUCUGCUGGUAAAUGGCUGCUGUAAUGUCAAUGCCCCCAGCUCAAGACAGUACAUUUGUAAAAGCUGUCUGGCCAAUGGCUGCUGCAACAUCUACGAGCACUGUGUGUCCUGCUGCCUCCAGCCUGAUAAGCAACCUCUUCUAGAGAGUUUCCUGAACAGAGCUGCAGAUGGCUUCCAGAACCUAUUCACAGCCGUGGAGGACCACUUUGAGCUGUGUUUAGCCAAGUGUCGGACUUCAUCGCAGAGUGUCCAACAUGAAAAUACCUACAGAAAUCCACAAGCAAAAUACUGUUAUGGAGAAAGUCCACCUGAACUCCUGCCUAUAUGAUUGUUUUGUACCUACGAGACUGUAUAGAAACUAAUAACGGUCCUCUGGGACCUAUGAGACUGUAUAGAAACUGAUAACGGUCCUCUGGGACCUACGAGACUGUAUAGAAAUGAAUAACAGUCCUCUGGGACCUAUGAGACUGUAUAAAAACUAAUAACGGUCCUCUGGAACCUACGAGACUGUAUAGAAACUGAUAACGGUCCUCUGGGACCUACGAGACUGUAUAGAAAUGAAUAACAGUCCUCUGGGACCUAUGAGACUGUAUAGAAACUGAUAACGGUCCUCUGGGACCUACGAGACUGUAUAGAAAUGAAUAAAGGUCCUCUGGGACCUACGAGACUGUAUAGAAAUGAAUAACAGUCCUCUGGGACCUAUGAGACUGUAUAGAAACUGAUAACGGUCCUCUGGGACCUACGAGACUGUAUAGAAAUGAAUAAAGGUCCUCUGGGACCUACGAGACUGUAUAGAAAUGAAUAACAGUCCUCUGGGACCUAUGAGACUGUAUAAAAACGAAUAAAGGUCCUCUGGGACCUAUGAGACUGUAUAGAAACUGAUAACGGUCCUCUGGGACCUAUGAGACUGUAUAGAAAUGAAUAAAGGUCCUCUGGGACCUAUGAGACUGUAUAGAAACUAAUAACGGUUGUCUGGGACUUACGAGAAUGUAAAGAAAUGGUCCAACUAAGAGCCAAGAGACACACCUUGAUGCUCCGUGGGAAGACCGAAUUCCCCUUCAUCUUGUGUCGACAUAAUGGCCUUGAAACGUCUGACACCAUACGGUGCUUAACAGAUGGGAGCCACCAAACCCUGUAUAGAGGGGAUUUGACUGACAAUAACAGACGCCAUGUUGAAACUUUUGAUAAAGUAAUGUGAGUAACAGUCUCUACAUAUGGCUCUGAAGAACACUAUCGUAACCUCACAACAAUGGACAGAUACUGUAUGUGAUAUAGCUAUAUUAUUUACACUUCAUAAGUGCAUAGCUUCAUAACUUCAUCAGUGAUGAUCAUCAGGUCUCAUUCGCUCAUUAGACCAGUUAGGAUUCACCUCAUGCUGCCGUUGUUCCACAUUAUGGUCAUGUUCAUUAGGGCACGCAACAGAAAAUGUUUAAAAAUGUUUGAGUCUGUUUUCUUUUGUUUGGUGCAAAAUGAACACGACCCAUGUUAUAAAGGUCUGUAUUUAAAGCCUGACGAUAUACUGAAGGUUGAUAUCAGUUGUUUAGUCCUUACUAUUGAAUAUGAUAACAGAUGUGUCUUUACUUUUGUGUGUUGUCGUGCAUGGAUAUUGACUGACUGGUUAUUUAAUAAAGUGACUUAUUAAAUAAGUUUAUGUAUUUCACACUA